GGAAGACUUUAUUGUGCAGGCAGUGACUCGUGAACCCACAAAAACUAGAGAAAGAACAAAUAGAGAGUAAUAGAAUUAGCAGCAGCAGCUGGAUGUGGUAGAAAUGGCAGAUGCUUUCGGGGUUUUAUCAACUGCGGCUCUGUUAAUCUCAGCCAUUGCUUUCCAGUUGAUUUUAGCUAUCAAUGCCGACAUAGCUAGCAGUAUGUUCAUCUACUGGGGCGGCGCCAAUCAUUCCAUGAUUCAAGGCGAUGAUCUUCAGCUCGUCCUCGACCAAAUCUCAGGUUCUGGUGUUCAAUCAAAGAGCAAUUACUUAUUUGGAAGCUUUGAGAUGCAGAUGAAGUUGGUACCGGGCAACUCUGCAGGAACAGUCACAGCAUUCUAUCUCUCUUCAAAUGGAGUCAAUCAUGAUGAAAUCGACUUUGAGUUUCUAGGAAAUGUGACUGGGAAACCUUACAUCAUCCACACAAACAUCUUCACUCAGGGUGGGGGUGGCCGGGAAGUGCAAUACUACCCUUGGUUUGACCCUACUGCCGACUACCACAACUACACCAUUCAUUGGAACCCAAAUGCUGUUGUAUGGUAUGUUGAUGGGAUUCCGAUAAGGGUAUAUAGGAACUACACGAGCGAAGGGAUUGCCUUCCCAAACCAACAAGGCAUGCACGCGUACUCAAGCAUUUGGAAUGCAGAAGACUGGGCGACGAGGGCUGGCCUCGACAAAAUUGAAUGGAGCAAUGCUCCAUUUGUGGCCAAGUUGCGGAAUUUCAGGUCAAGUGGGUGCCCCUUGAAAGCGCCGGAGAAUAUCAGGCAGUGUGUAACGCCUUUAGAAACCAACACGGGUGCAUUUAGCCGGCUGAGUGAUGCAAAGGCCGGGCAAAUGGACUGGGUUAGGAGAAACUAUAUUGUUUAUGACUACUGCAAAGAUGUAAAGAAGUUCAAAAGAGGGUUGCCCGGAGAAUGUUUCCUGCCACAACACUAAGAAGAGCUGUUUCAGCCAGCAUCCUCCAUUCAGGCGUCCACUAUAAUGAACCUAUAUUGAUUACCUUGUGUUUAAUUUAAUUCAGUGCUAUUAUUAAUUAACCCUGGCCUCUUAAAUAUCACUCUCAUUUGUCCUUUGAUUUUCUUCGAGUGCACCUUUAACUCUUCUGUACUCAUUCUUUCGGUCAAUGACUUUAUGUGAAUACUAGUAUUAAUCAUGUGCUUCGCACGGGCUCGCAUAUUUUCUGAAUUUUG